AUGGCGGCGAGCAAAAGACUGACUGACGAACUGUACCCGUUGCCAGAGGCUCGACUCUGCCGCCAUGAGGCAGCGGUCACACUUCGGCGGCUCCGAACAUACAAAACACAACACGACCUACCGACGAAGGUGGCGGCGGCGCUGCUGAACAAGCACCUGCAGAUCAACGGCAUCGGCGGCGGCAUUAGCACGCUCAACGGCGACGCGGCCGAGGCCUCGGCGGGGGCGGCGGCAGGCCCGGGGGCGGCCCCGGGGGCGGCCCCGGGGGCGGCUGCUGCAUCUCUGCCACCGCCGUCGCCGGCCGCUACGGUGGAGCCGCUCGCCUCCAGCAAGAUGCGCCGCGAGCGCAAGGCGGCGCGCACGCUCGGCAUCAUCAUGUCCGCCUUCCUCGCCUGCUGGCUGCCCUUCUUCCUCUGGUACAUCAUCACGACGCUGUGCGGCGAGGAGCGGUGCUACUGCCCGCCCGUGGUGGUGGCGGCCGUCUUCUGGGUCGGCUACUUCAACUCGGCGCUGAACCCGCUCAUCUACGCCUACUUCAACCGCGACUUCCGCGCCGCCUUCAAGCUGACGCUGCAGGCGUGCUGCGUGUGGCUGCUGCUGGGCCACGGCCACCUCGCCUGUCUGCGCUCGCGGGGGCGGACCAGGGGGCGCAACGGCUCCUCCGACGGCCUGCCCAACCACCAGCAGCUGCGCGGCGCCGCCACCACCGAAGUCAGCAUCAACAACGUCCAGUCGGAGGACGUCAUCUGA